CAGAAAACACUGACAGCGGUGUGACGUCACUCUGGAGCCUGUCCCCGGCUCGCUGUCACCGCGGAACACAGACGAACCUCCGGGCAGAACCAGGGAACCACGGAGGAGAACCAGAGCACCAGGGAGGAGAACCAGAGCACCAGGGAGGAGAACCAGAGCACCAGGGAGGAGAACCAGAGCACCACGGGAAUCAUAGGAUCAAAGGAGAACCAGAGAACCAGAGAGGAGAACCAUAAACCGUAGGAUCCCAGGAUCCCAGAGGAGAACCAGAGAGGAGAAGCUCAUAGACAUGCGAUGACCCGGAGUCAGGUCUCAUCGUGUUCUCCUCUCCCCGCAGCCCGUCGGUGAACUCACGGGAGCCGCAGAAGCAACUCCUCCACGACCUACGCCGCCCCGGCAGACCGCUGCUAGCUAAGUGGCUAACUAGCCUGUGAGUAAAGUGAAACCAGUGAGGACAGAGAGACUCCUCAUGGCCUCGAUCCUGUUCACCAGGUCCCGGGCACCUCUAAUGAAAACGUCCCGGUCUUUAAAGAACGAGUUCCGCAAAGGGAAACGACAAGAUGGUGCCUGUUUCAACUGCUCAGCCGUCAGACUCUCCAGUCAGAUACUUGAUGGACGACCUGGAAGUUUGUCCCACGUCUCUCCAUUCGGUCCUUACCUCCCUGUGUUAGAUGGAAAUGUGGGCCCCUGCCAGAGCUCGGACUCACAGCGGCUCUACUGCCCUUUUUUGCUGGGGGCCUCCCCCUCAAUGCAACCUGCGAUCACAGCAGGGGCCCAGUGGACGAUAGCACGGGCCCAGGACAUCUCCGGAGUCAGGUGGAUACACAUCUCGAGGAGGAGGUGGGACGAUUCGAAGGUGGAGAAAUCCCUGCGUUCGAUAAAGGACAAGAAGAAGCUGGAGGAAGGAGGGCCGGUGUACAGUCCCACGCUGGAUGCAGAACGUGUGAGGAGGACGGUCCGACAGUGGGUGGUGGAUGAAGUCAAGCACUACUACCACGGCUUCAGGCUACUGUGGAUUGACACCACCAUUGCCGGGCGAAUGCUGUGGAGGGUGUUGAACGGAAACGUCCUGUCCCGACGCGAGAGGAGACAGUUUCUCAGAACGUGUGCAGACGUCUUCCGACUUCUUCCCUUCCUGGUCUUCAUCAUCGUCCCCUUCAUGGAGUUCCUGCUCCCCGUAGCUCUGAAACUCUUCCCCAACAUGUUGCCGUCCACCUUUGAGACACAGUCAAAGAAGGAGGAGAGGUUAAAAAAGGAGCUGAGGGUCAAACUGGAGAUGGCCAAGUUCUUGCAGGACACCAUCGAGGAGAUCGCUCUGAGGAACAAGGCGGCCCAGGGCGACGUGACGGAGGAGUUCUCCACCUUCUUCCAGAAGAUCCGCAACUCCGGUGAACGUCCCAGUAAUGAGCAGAUCAUCAAGUUCUCCAAGCUGUUUGAGGACGAGCUGACUCUGGACAACCUGACCCGACCUCAGCUGGUGGCUCUCUGCCGCCUCCUGGAGCUCCAGUCCAUCGGGACCAACAACUUCCUCCGCUUCCAGCUCAUCAUGAAGCUGAGGGCCAUCCGUGCAGACGACAAGCUCAUAGCUGAGGAAGGAGUGGAGAGUCUGAACGUGAACGAGGUGCAGGCAGCCUGUCGCGCCAGAGGGAUGAGAUCUCUCGGCGUCACAGAAGAUCGACUGAGAGAGCAACUCAUCCAGUGGCUGGAGCUGCAUCUGAACCAGCAGAUCCCCACCUCUCUGCUGCUGCUGUCCCGAGCCAUGUUCCUGCCCGACACGCUGUCUCCUGCCGACCAGCUGAAGACCACGCUGCAGACGCUCCCUGAGAUGGUGACGAAGGAGGCCCAGUUGAAGGUGGCAGAGAUGGAGCUCUCCAAAGUCGACAAUAAGACCAAAGUGGAGACGAUGCUGCAGGAGGAGGCGGCCAUCCGCCAGGACAACAAGGACCGUGAGAUGGAGAGGUUGGCUGACGCUGCGGAGAAGGUCGCCAGGGGUGAGCUGGAGCUCGAAGCAGAGCGGGUGAAGACAGAGGCAGCAAUGUCCAAGGCUGACAUGGCCGCUCACUCAGAGAUACUGAGGGAUACAGCACCUGUCAUAGAGGCAAUCAAGUUUGAACAGUGGCAGACUUUCCUGUGUUUCCAGGAUGAGGAGAUCACCAAAGAAGAGAUCGACAUGUUGAGCGACGCCUGCUCAAAGCUGAAGGAGCAGAAGAGGCUGUUGACUCUGGAGAAAGAAGAGCUGGAAGAGCUGAAGGAUGACGUUCAAGAAUACAACGAGGAUCUGGAGGAAAUAAAGAAGGAGCUCUUCAAGAGCGGCCAGGAGAAGACAGUGGAGGAGUCAAAGGCGAGCCAGCGCCUGUCGAAGAGAGUGAACCGAAUGAUCGGCCGCAUCGACAACAUCAUCCUGGAGCUGGAGAAGGACAAGGUCAUCCUGGACGGAAGGAUGGACAGCGGAAGCACCCCACCUGUUGGUCUGUUCUAUACCUUCAGGGAGAACCUCAUCAGCAUCGACGAGCUGAUCAACGUCAUGCGGCAGAUCCAGAACAUUCCAGAGCACAAGCUGCAGAGCAUCGCCGAGGCGCUCGACGACAACAAGGACGGGAAGAUCGACAUCGACGACGUCAUCAAAGUGGUGGAGCUGAUUGACAAGGAGGACAUCGACAUCUCCACCACUCAGGUGACCGACAUCAUGGUGAUGCUGCAGAAGGAGGAGAAGCUGGUGGAGAAGGAAAAGGCCAAAGACAAAGUGGAGAAGGAGCAGGCAGCCACGCUCAACAACUAGUUUCAGUUUCCACAACAGACGCUUGUAAAAAAAAAAAUUGAUGUUGAGAAAACUCUGGACUCCAGAUUCAAGACAGAGUCACAAGGUAACAGCUGCCUUCAAAAAAUGGCUUUUCGUCAUAAAUUGAGCUCCUGCUGAAAUGUUUAAAAACGGAAGAGAAGGCUUUUAGAAUAUAUAUGAGCCGCAGGAGCAGAAUGAGAUGACACCACAGUUGUUUUCCAAACAUUAAAGGAAAAAAAAAAAGAUCAAAAAUCAUGUAUAUAUAUCAUAAGAUAAAGAAAUAGGUGAUAUUUCAAUAUAGGAAUAUUUUACUCCCUAAAAUCAGCCCCAGAAACACUGCAUUAGUUGGACUUUAAUCAUUUAAACUUUGUGGUGAACCGUCUUGCCUUUCAUUUCACUCAUGUCAUCAGCACAUAGAAAUGAGAUGAGCUCAUUCCUGAAGUUUGCACAGUAAACAUCAUUAUCGUCAUUCCGCUUCUCCAUUUCCUUCCUGAUUUUGUUCCUCCAUCAUAAUCCCGCGUCGUUACCUGUUAUUUUUCUCCGAAUUGUGCACGGACAGGUAGAUUGUUGCUGGAUAUCAGAUGUUAAAAUGGUGGCUGCAACCAAAGACCUCAUGAGAUACGACAUCGAAAUUCACACAAAUUCAUCCACAAACAUUCUAAAAAUAAAUGGCCAUAGGUUUCAUCAUUCCCCCUAAAAUAAAGUGUUGAAGUUUUUUCUAAAAAAGCCAAGGACUGAAGUUAGAAGCAUCAAUAUUAAACAUGACUGUACUGUAAUUUAUUUUUACUUUGCACUUCUGACGUGUUAAUAUUUUGUCUGAGCUCUUCGUGUUUAUUCCUGUGUGCGACACAGCGCGCUUUAAAACGCCAAAGUUGCACCGUGGCACAUAUAACAAUACGAUUUCGGAUUAAUCCCAAAACCUGCAAAACAAACUUUAGUAACCGCGGCUAAAAUAGUUGCCUCCAGGACCAUCGGUGAUUUGAUGCCGCGGCUCGUAGAGUUUCAUGUUUGUCGAGCUUCAGAGAAUAGUCGCGGAGUUUGUCUGGUCGUCUUCGUGUGGUUGUUAAAUCCGAGUAUUACGAUCACUGUCAUCCCUUGUGGGUUAAAUUGAAAGUGACCUUCUCUUGACACAGAUAUUAAGGAUUGUAUUGUGUUUAUUUUUUUUAGCUUUGAUUUUCUUUAAACUUGAUGUAAUGUAGUAUUUGGUGUUGAAGAAGACGAUGAAUUGAUUUUUAGAUGAUGAGUUUUCCUCGGGAGGAAGUGAUUUCAGAUCUUACUUGAUGCAGCGACUCGUUCAUUUUAGCUGUUGUUGCCGUUCACACUGCGAACAGCUUGACUGCUGCAUCACUGACAGCACAAUUCAAUCACAGCUUCGACAAAUGAUUAUUUUGAUCAUAACAUAUUCAUUUAAAUAUUUCAUAUAUGUUUGGAAAAUGAAGAAAAAUGUCCAAGGGGACGUUUUCAAACCAUGAUCUUUGAGUCAACUCAUCAAAGAGUAGUUUUCUACUUUAAAUGAAUUAAUGCACAUGAAGUAAAUCAUUCAAAUUCAUUAUUUUACAGCUCAGAUAUGAAUUCGUGGCCCAUUCUUUUGUUUUAGGCUUGAUGGAAAAAGAACCUUGGAUCCUUUUUCAGGUGAACAGCAGAACGUUGCUUUGUCAAAGCAGCAGCUGAUGCUGUUUGUCUUGCUGUCUGCAGUGUGAGGGUUCGUUCACCGUUAUCUGCUGAAUUGAAUUGGCUGCUGCUGCUGAGUUUUAUGGUUUCGGGCCAACGCUCUGUUAUUCCUCCGCAGUAACUAGAGGAGAGCUCAGGUGUAAACAUGGAUGACACGGAGUGGUACGAGAGAUAACGCUCAGCGGACGACCCUCCGUUUAAUCUGUUCCCGGAAUCCGCUGUCGUACACGCGGAUGAUUAAGACACUGUCCCGGUUCAGACCCAGCGCUGCCUCUGCCUCGCCUGCGACCAGUGAGACUGAUGGGCGCUGGGUAAACACUCGCCCCAUACAUGGGCCACAGCCAGCUCCUCUGGAGGGUUGUGUUUAGAUUGGAGAUGCUGCGGCGGGACGUGGCAUGUUCUCCGCUGCAUUAAUCAGCAGCCAGUGUAAACACGUCGGAGGACCGCUGUGACAACCUCUCGCUUACGCUCGGCAGAGGAGAGUGGUAGUCGGGUACGUCUGACAGGUCGCGCUCGGGGGAAGCGUCGUGCAGCAUGAGCAGCACCGCCACUGUUUGUGGAGGGGGUCAAAGGUCAGGAGCAGGAGAAAGUGGCACAUAACAGGGUAACUGAUGGAGAUCAGUACUCAGGGCUGCAGUGUCGGUGGAGAAGCGUUUUAAAUGAAUUGAAUUUAGAUUUAAUAAGGUCUCACAGAGGAUUAAGAGACUAUACGCAAAAAAAUAUUUAUGCAUUCAGAUAAUCCUGUGUAACGUAACGUCUUCUGUUUGCCCGGCGAACAAGUAGCGACAAAGAUUUAUUGUCUUUCCAGAGUUAAAGAGUAAAAUUAAAAAUAAGUCAAAAUUCCUCACAUGACGAUAAACUAAUGCAGAGUCAUGAUGUUUAAAUAUUCUUCAAUCCCCUUUAGUCUCCUGAUUCCAAAUCCUUCAAUCAGAGGAAAAUUAAUCGCCACCAAUUGUGUGAACGUUGAAAUCUUCAUUUUUACUCCACAAGUUCCACCUUCACCAAUGUGACGUUUCUUUUUCUAGAGAAAACUGAAUCAAGUUUAUCGAGAAAAUCAUCAGAAGAUCUGUGAAUAAAUGCUCUUCACAGUCCCUCGAUGACUGAACAACGUGCUUGGUUGGUUCUGUAUAUUUCAGAGGCUGGACACAGAAAGUAUUCGGCACUUUAGUUUGAUUAAAGACGAUGAUUAUUUUUAUAUUUUCUCAAAAUGUAUAUAUAGUU